UUUCUCUCUUCUUACUCUGAUCUAGACACUACAACAGUUUCAUUAAUGGCGACAAUGAGCAAACCCCAUAAGUUAAAAGCCACUCCAGGAUCUCAAAGACUUGUUCUGUUAUGUAUAGUCGCAGUUGCAUUUCUCCUCCUUUUCACUUCGGUGAUCUCCACCGGCGGAUUGGCUUUACCGUAUCGGACAACCCUAAUUGGUUAUUUUGUGAGGUCAACUCGAAACAAGACACAGCAUAGUUUGUCGGACAAGUACUUGUACUGGGGAAACAGAAUCGAUUGUCCUGGUAAGAACUGUGAGACCUGUGCCGGUUUGGGUCACCAAGAAUCUAGCCUUAGAUGUGCCCUUGAAGAAGCCAUGUUUCUGAACAGGACUUUUGUAAUGCCAUCUCGGAUGUGCAUCAAUCCAAUACAUAACAAGAAGGGUAUACUUAAUCGAUCCAACAAUGAAACUAGAGAGGAAAGUUGGGAAGUGAGCUCUUGUGCAAUGGAAUCAUUGUAUGAUAUUGAUCUCAUCUCUGAGAAAAUACCUGUGAUCUUGGAUGACUCGGAAACAUGGCACAUAAUGCUAUCGACGAGUAUGAAAUUGAAAGAACGUGGGAGUGCGCAUGUAUAUGGGGCAAACAGGCAUGAGCUAAAUGACUCUAGCGACUUUACAAAUCUUUUGCUCAUUAACCGAACCGCAAGCCCCCUUGCAUGGUUUGUUGAAUGCAAGGAUCGAGGUAAUCGUAGCGACGUCAUGCUUCCUUAUUCAUUUCUCCAGACUAUGGCAGCAUCAAGAUUGAGAGAUGCUGCAGAAAAGAUAAAAGCAAAACUUGGUGAUUACGAUGCAAUCCAUGUUCGUCGAGGUGACAAACUGAAAACAAGAAAAGACAGAUUUCGCGUGGAAAGAAGCCAGUUUCCACAUUUAGAUAGAGACACACGGCCAGAAUUCAUCAUUGGCAGAAUUCAGAAACAAAUCCCACCAGGACGGACUCUUUUUAUCGGUUCUAAUGAAAGAACCCCUGAUUUCUUUUCACCUCUAGCUAUCAGAUACAAAGUGGCGUAUUCAUCGAAUUUUAGUGAGAUUUUGGAUCCGAUCAUCGAGAACAAUUACCAGUUGUUCAUGGUGGAGAGGUUGAUAAUGAUGGGUGCAAAGACAUUCUUCAAAACAUUUAGAGAGUACGAAACCGAUCUCACUUUGACUGAUGAUCCGAAAAAGAACAAGAACUGGGAAAUACCAGUUUACACCAUGGAUGAAGGCAAAGAAGCAGCAAGCUAAACUAUCUAUGAUCUCACUAGGCACUAGCAAAGUCUACACAACGAUUCAGACAAGAGUCUCAUUACUCUUCAAAUACUUGGAGUUAAAAGCCUAAUCUUAUCUGAAGAUUCUAUUGCAUAGGAACUCUGUGUAUGUGUAACCAGAGUCUCUAACAGAGACUAACAGACUAGAUUUGCUACUUGGCUGACUCAUUUUUGUGUAAAUCAAUCUGUUUAUCUUCACUUCAAUGUUCAUUGCACCAGAAAUGGUUUUUUAAAAACAUUCGAGUUACAUGGUAUGGUCGUUCGUCUUUUAAGCAAGUUUCUGCAGCCACUUUCGAUAUCCUAAUCCAAUAUAAGUGAAAUUUCAU